GCUAUUGUUUACUCCAGUCGAGCCGCUUUAAAAACACUUGUGACUUGGUCACAUUGUUUCUCUUCACACUGUCACUGUCGCUCAGACAAGCAGAGAUACUUCUCAAAUCACCCCCAGAUCUCACGAUGGACAGAUAGACCCAAAUGCAUCCUUGAUCCUGUAAGUCAGCAGAGUGUAAGCCACUGAAAGAGAUGCGUUCUUUCCAUCGGUUGAUCCUCGCCUCGCUUCAGAUGUGCUUGGUGCUGGUUUUGUUGUUGUUGUUUGUGUCAUUUACUGACAGCAGGGGAUUACACAAAUGCUCGCCUGGGAAACCGUGCUCGGACCGACCACCUGUGGUUUUGAUUCCAGGAGACCUUGGGAAUCAGCUGGAGGCAAAGCUGGAUAAACCCAGUGUGGUGCACCGUAUCUGCUAUAAGAAGACCGAGGAUUACUUCACGUUAUGGCUGAACCUGGAGCUGCUGGUGCCGGUUGCCAUUGACUGCUGGAUUGAUAACAUGAGGUUACUGUACAAUCGUACCACUCACCAGACUCAUGCUCCUCCUGGGGUUGAUGUCAGAGUGCCUGGGUUUGGUAAGACAUACAGUUUAGAAUAUCUGGAUCCAAGCAAACAGAGUGUUGGUAUGUACUUCUUCACUAUAGUCCAGGCACUUGUUGAUUGGGGGUAUACAAGAGAUGAUGACAUUCGAGGCGCUCCUUAUGACUGGCGUAAAGCCCCAAAUGAGAACAAGGAUUACUUCUUGCACCUGCAACUGAUGAUUGAGGAAAUGGCGAAUAAGGCUGGAGUUCCUGUGGUCUUAAUCGCACAUAGUAUGGGCAAUAUGUAUACUCUGUAUUUCCUUAAUCAACAACCACAGGCUUGGAAGGACCGGUAUAUUAAGGCCUUGGUUUCUCUAGGGCCCCCAUGGGCUGGAGUGGGUAAAACGCUAAGAGUUAUGGCAACAGGUGAUAACAACCACAUUCCAGUCAUCAGUCCUCUGAUAAUCCGCACCCAGCAGCGAACAGCCAUCUCUACCGUCUGGCUUCUACCCUAUGCCCACACCUGGCCCUUGGACAUGGUCCUGGUGUCCACCCCCAACACCACAUACACAGUCAAAGACUAUCAGCGCUUCUUCAAAGACAUUGAUUAUGAUGAUGGCUGGGCCAUGAGGGAGAACACCGAAAUGCUGGUCAGUGCUCUGGAACCUCCAGGGGUGCCUGUCCACUGCCUUUAUGGGAGCGGCAUCCCUACACCUCAGGGCUACAAUUACACAAACUUCCCAGAUGGAGAGCCCACCGUCAUCAAUGGAGAAGGAGAUGGAACGGUCAACCUGUUGAGUGCAAUACAAUGCAAACGUUGGAUGGGUCAACAAAAGCAGCCCGUCCAUAUGCUGGAGCUACCUGGGAAUAAGCAUGUUGAAAUGCUGUUGAACAUGACCACGGUCUCCUACAUCAAAUCUGUGCUGUUUUCACCUUGAUGGCAUCCAGCCUUCACACUUCCUGCAUUAACUUUGAACCGUUGAUUCCAGUUUGCCAAAGGGACAGGACUCGGUUCUGCUUUUAGGGGUUGAUGCUACUCAUUGUGGUUGAUAACUUCUGAAUUAUGUUCUUUAUUGAAUUACAAUAAUUUAAGUGCCACAAAGUUGUCUUGAAGAGGAAUUCAGGUUUAUCAGGCCAUUAGGAUAAAACUGUUGGGCACAAUCAGCACAUAUAAGUAAUUGUGGUUUAAAAUGAAAUGGCAAUGGCCUGCCAGUUACAUUUUUAAAUAGAUGCAGUUUUAAUUUUGACGAUUUUCCAAUGACCACAAGAUUUUAAAAUCUACAGAUUUUAUCUAACUUUUUCUAAAUGCAUUUUUCCAAAGAUAUCUCUGUACUGACACUGCAGUGUUUCUGUUAACCCUACUAACUUUUAAAGUUUUUAAGGCUGUCUGUGACCAGUAUUGAUUUAUUAAUUUUUAUUAUGAGAUCUUGAAUGUAGAAUGUGUAACACCACUGCCAGACAUCUCAUUAUUAAUCAGUUUUGUGUUGGCAUAACCUCUUUGUGACUGUAAUUAUGCCUUGAUCGAAGGAUGGGCUAACAAGGUUACAAGUGAACAAACUCUGCAAAUUUUGUUUUUCUUUUAAAGUUUAUUGCUGAAAUACAGGUUUGUGGGAAUUACACUGGUAUGUCCAGCUUUAUUUUCGAAAUAAAUAAAUAUGGCAUUUAAGAUGCAGCAUUAAUGGAAAGAGGAACUAAUCUUUCAAUUACAGGAUGUGGGGUGUUGCAUAUAGAUGUAACGAUACCAGAACUCUAACCAGUCAAGACUGUUUGUCACUCAAAUAACAGACUAUUUAAAGUCAGUGCACUGGAUUUGAAAGUCACCACAUUGGAAUUCUGUACAAUAAAUUUUGCUUCA